AUGGGGUCCCUCUUUAGUUUGGCAGAUUUUAGUAGUAGGGAUCUAUUCUCACGAGAGCCCGUAGAGAAAAAGAAAGAAAGAAAAGCCAUUCAAAAAGGUGCUUCUUCAUCCUCGCCUCGGUCUUUCCUCGGCAGGCAUCCAGAGCUGGUUCUAGGUCGCAAAGGCAGAGAACUCAGCCAGUCCUCGGGAUACCAUUACCAGCAUCAGAGCAAGCACAUGGAGCAGCAUGAGGAAGUGGCUAUGGAGGUGAAGAAACCCGAGGAGGCAAAGGCACGGUGGACGGCGGAUAAGGGGGAGGACGCUGAGGCAGGACUGAUCUACAGCGCGGACUACAGCAGCGUGGCCAUGCAUGCUGGCUCUCCGCCGACCGCGAAGCCCAAGCACAGGCACCCCACCAAACCAUAG